GUAGAGGAUCGUCGUGCUCAACUGCUGGAUGGGCGGUAACAUAAGCUCCAACAUCCCUUUACUUAAUAUCAUUUUGGUCCCUACCAUCCUCCGCCUUCCACCUUGCCUCCCCUACCAGUUCCUUCAAUGAGUAACCAUCUCCUUCCCUCCUCUUUUGCCGCAUACUACUUCCUUCGGCUCCCCCCUGGAACUUCCCGCUGGGACACCGCAACUUCACCAUUCUUGUUUCUCUAGUGAUUGCUGCUUCAACUGGCAACCAUCUCUAAUCUUUGGCAAGGCUGCUUUAAGCCAGCGAUUAGAUCAGUGGGAGGCAUUCUUUUGCUAUGGUGCUCAGACCUGUAAGUCUCUCUGGUCAAUAUUGGCACCUUCAUUCUUCACAGGACCGUCUUUCUUUCUUACCACUGUUUAUGGGCCGGUUAUUGGGUUGCGGCGAGUGCUCUUUUGGACUAACCUCACCCGCAUCAUGUACAUUUUCGGGGAAGCACUGGCGCAUGUUCUUAUUGGCAAUUUCAAUUACUUGUUAACCGUUGAUGACUCCAAUCCCCCCACUGCCCUUAAUUCAGCUAUUCGUGGAUUUCAACAAUUCAUUCAACUUCGUCUAUUGUGCCCACUUCCUAUCGUUGGUAGUAGGUACUCUUGGACCAAUGAGCUGACACGACCGUAUCUUUGGCUUCUAGAUCGCAUUUUGGUGUCUCAGAGCAUUCUGGACCAUUUCCUUGAUAUUAAGAUGCAGUUGGUUGUGCUUUCACUGCCUGAUCAUUGGGUCCUUACUAUUUUUUUGGGCUACUCCUUCUCUACGUAUCGUCGCUUCGCUUUCGAACAACGGUGGCUUCAACAUGUCUUUGCCAGUUCUCGGCUCCAACAUGUCUUUGCCAGUUCUCGGCUCCAACAUGUCUCUGUUCCUUGGGCGGCUAUUGCAAUCACAUAUUUGGGCCUCGCUUAGGGAUUAUCGAGUGUCCAAAUUUCAGUGCUUCAUUGCUUGGGAGGAGGAGCUUCGGGUCAAAUUUGAUCCGACACCACCUAUGGAUGACGUCCAACUAAUUCUGAUCAAACAAAGGAUUAACGAUCUCUCUUUGCUUAUUAAUGAUUGGCGAGCUAAGGAGGAUAUCAAAUGGAAGGCGCUUUCCAAAUGGCUUACGUUUGGCGACCAUAAUACUAGAUUUUACCACCAGAUGGCAUCCCACAAGCACCAUACGCCCCCAAACCUGAUGGAUUACAAGUGGAUCUUCCUACAUUUUUGGGACAUCGUGAAAUUAGAUCUAGUUCAGCUUUUCAGGGAAUUCUACUUCAACGCCUUGGUAUCUAGACCUUUUCAUUGCUGCAUCCAUCUUAACCCCCAAAGAGGAGGCUGCCCUGGACAUCAACAAAUUCCGGCCUAUUGCAGUUCUUGGGGCACUGUAUCAUAUCAUCCCAAGGUCUUUGUGAAUGGUUUCGGGAGGGUGACUCAGAAGCUUAUCUCUCCUUCCCAAUUUGCAUUCAUUCACAUUCUCGCUAAUGAGAUUUUAAAUUCUAUGGAGAUAAGUGGACGCUCUUACUUUCUCCUUAAGAUGGAUCUCAAGAAAGCUUAUGACUCCGUCCAAUGGGAUUCCUUAUUUCAAUCUUUGUCACUUAUGGGUUUUGGCCCUUGUUCGAUAUCUAGGAUUAGAGAACUGGUCACUAAAACUGAGGCUUGGGCUUGCGUUAAUGGGCAGGUGGAACCUGCAUUCAAGCUUAAAUUGGGACUGCAGCAGGGUCGUCCACUUUCUCCUCCCCUUUUCAACAGUGUUGCCGAAGCCCGUAUGUCCUCAUCUAACGAGCGAAUGACCAUCAUGUGCUUACACCUGUCACUUUCCAUGGGUUCUGAGACAACCUUCUCCAAUAUGAUGACAAUGUGCUUCUCUUUGGGGAAGCUUUUCUUCCACAAUUGAUUCCUAUGCUAACUAUUUGUAAAGUGUUUCAUGCUCUGACAGGUAUCUAGGUCAAUGAAGCGAAGAGCAAACUCAUGGUUGUUAAUGAGGAUGUCCAAAUCCGGGCUAUUGCAUUUUAAGUUUCAACAUUGCCUCCCUGGAAUCUACUUUCACCUACCUUGGUCUCCAACUUCAACUUCCACAGAUCUCCUCUACCGCGUGGAACGGGAUUUUCCAACAAGAUGCAGAACAGAUUCUCUUUGAAAACGCACUAUCUGUCUAUGGCCAGCCGCAUGACCUUGAUUAAGCAUCUCCUCAGUUCUAUUCCACACCACUUGAUGUAUGUUCACUUCAUGCCACCUCUCAUUGUCAAGCAAAUGGAAGCCCUCGUCCUCGUGUGCAACUUCCUUUGGCAAGAUGACCUCGACCACCCUAAGAAACAUCUUUCUUGCUUGUCCGAUGUAAUUCAUCUCUUGGCACAUGGUGGCUUUAGCAUCCCGUCGCUUAAGAUGCAUAAUGUAGCGCUUUUGGUGAAAUGAUGGCAUGCACUUUUCCAUUCUCCUUGUGACUGGGCUUUAUUUUUGCGUAAUGGGUAUGACCUACAUACAGAAAGGCGAAAGCUCCUGGGUUCCUGACCAACAACAAAUCUAAUCUUUGGAUCCCUACCUUCCUCCUCUUCAGAGACCGCAAUGAUGACCCUUCUCGUGGUGAUUCUUGCUUCGAGUGGCCUCCGCCUCUUCCGGGUCAUUCACACUGGCCAAAGUCUUAUCUUUCCAUUCUUCUCCCCAGGCGUUCCAUAGUUCUCUAAUAAGGAUGUUCUCUAGGGCCGUGGUCCACCCCCUU